CUUUUUUUCCCUCACUAAAAAAAAAGUUUCUCCUCUGAUGACCGACACGCGUACCAGAGCCGCUGCAAUUAUCAACCAAAUUAGCAAGCAGUUACUCUCUUUAACUGAUAUCUUGCUUGAAAGUCAACAAAACAAGGCUAGUGUUUCUUCAAACGUGGCUUCUAACGGUACAGACCACGGUGAAGAUGCCGACGACAAGAAGAAAAAAAAGAAAAAGAUGGAAAAGGAUCCCAAUGCUCCCAAGCGUAAUCUCAGUAGUUAUAUGCUUUAUUCUCAAGCUGUACGCCCUGCUACUGUGGCCCAACACCCUGACUUAAAGGCAGUUGAUAUUGCCAAGUUAAUUGGAGAUAAAUGGAAUGCACUUACAGAUAAAGAAAAGCAACCUUAUGUUAAGCAGGCCGAAAAGGAAAAGGCAAGAUUCGAUAAAGAACUUCUCUCUUACAAGAACAAGUUGGCCGCUGAAACUGCUCGUGAUGGAACUACUACUCCCAUUCCUUCUCCUGCUACUCCUCCUGCCUCUUCUUCUACUGCUGCUGUUGCUACUCCCAAGCGCAAGUCCGAUGAUACCAAGAAAAAGAGUGAGGAUGAACCCUCAAAGAAAAAGUCCAAGUCUUCCAAAAAGAAAUAAUUGAAAAAUUCCCCUUUAUCCCCCCCCCCACUCACACACACACACACACACACAUGCAUUUUAAAAGAAUAAAAAAAAAUAUGCCGUA